UUUUUCCACUUCUUUUAACAACACACCACCCUCUUUUAUACUACCAUUCACGCUCUUGAUCUUUUUCUUUUUCUUAUACUACCUCACAAAAACAACUUCAAUCUCUGAUUUGAUUUCUCUCUCAAAGAUAUUGAUCAAGAUGAGGAGGAAUUUGAAUUUAGAACUUCAACUCUUCCCUCCCUCUCAUUCCGAUCUUCGCCCCAUAAAUGAUGAAGAAGAAGCCAGAGAGAGCCAACAACAAGACCACAGCCACCAGCAGCAACAACAACACCGGCCGCUCACCAUUUUCUAUGGUGGCAAGACUUGCGUCCGUGAUGUCACAGAAAUUCAGGCCAGAUCAAUUUUAAUGGUUGCACAUAAAGAGAUCAUGGAGGAAAGAGUGAGGACACCAACAGCAACAACAACAUCAACAGGGUCAUCACCAGUAAUACCGCAGUCACAUCAAAACUUGAACAGCCCUUGCACGAGUCAUUACAUGCAAAAAUCGCUGCAGAGGUUUCUCCAGAAGAGGAAGAAUCGGGCCCAAGAAGCAUCCCCAUACAAUGUUAGGUCAAAUGAGCAAAAUCAUGAUAGAACAAAUGAAAAUUAAUUUCCAUCUUGUUUUUACAUUAGACUAUAUAGUAUGAUGGAUCGAUCAUGUAUCAUUUUAACUCCUUUUUUUUAAAAAGUUUGUGAUAUGUGAAUUAUGUAGUAUA